GUUCUGCAAAUUGGCACUUGGACAGAAACUUGUAAGACACUCCAAGGCACUGACAUAUAUAUAUUCAUCAUGACCACCCGUAUUCCCCUCCAACCGCCUGCAAACGUCGGCACCCUACGAUCUUUAAACGCGCCCCCAAGAAGGUUCUUUGGAAUGCGGAAUAACACUGAAGAAGACGACGACCCUUCUGGGCUAGAACGCAGCACAAGACGGGCGUCGGGCGGUCAGAACCAUCGAAGGCAGAGUUUUGUCUCGCGCUGGAGAACGAGCACAGAUGUGGAGAGCGCUAUUAAGUCUCCAAUGCUUGAAAGACUUCCAAUACCCAACGCUCUUCGCAGCAGCGAGUCCGACUCAACUCCGUUACCAGCAUUAUCUAUGAUUGUGCUGUCCAUCACCAUGCUUGGAGAGUUUCUUUCUGCCAAUGUCGCAAUGCCAUUUCUCCUUUUCAUGGUCAAAGGGUUUGGCGAGAUCAGUGACGAAGCCCAAAUCGCCUUUUGGACUGGAAUACUUGUGUCUGCGUUCUUCUUGACGCAGUUCCUAACCUCAUUAUUAUGGGCAACUGCAGCAGAUAGACAUGGUCGUAGAUUGGUGCUGACAUUGUCCUUGUUUGGGAGUGCAGUGACGGUGUUGCUUUUUGGGACAUGCACAUCCCUGCGGCAAGCGAUUGCAGUGAGAUUGUUGCAGGGAAUUUUCGCUGGGGCUGUCGGAGUUGCACGCGGAUGCGUUGCUACAGUGACGGACAUGACGAACGAGGGGAGAGCAUACGCUAUCAUGGGAUUUUGCUGGGGACUCGGUGGUGUGGCGGGCGCCAUCAUCGGAGGGUCAUUUGAGAAGCCUGCAGAUAAGUGGCCGAGCGUGUUUGGCCAAGUGCCACUACUGGUGGAGUACCCGUACCUACUCCCGUGCGCAGUGGCUGCCAGCAUUACAUUGACAGGGUCGUUCUUGUCCCUGUUUCUGGGCCGUGACGGCGGACCGCGGGAUGGCGCAAUUCGGCUACCGCUAGAAAAGCCUGAAGAUCGACACCCGACCAUUCAAGAGGAGGAAGAUAUCACCACUCCCAGCACCCUCGGCGAUGCUCCACAGUCUGGCUUGGUGCGCUCUAUUACGCGGAAAGUGUCUGGUCAACUAUCUGGUUAUUUCGGAUCUCGAGAUUCAGUCACCGCACAGGAAACGCCGUCAUUGCCAGUACCACUAACGACAUCCACAUCGCUGCCAAUGGAGAGCCCGCGCAACUUCUCGAGGAUCACCCGCACCAAUGGAUCUGCAUAUGGUUAUGGGGGAGGCAACAGGGCGACAAGCACGGUCAGCACGACAACGCUUGGUGCGAGGCGUGUGAGCACUGCCAGCACUAUAAGAAGGAGGCACGGAAGUGCAUUCGAAGGACCGGCGUCACUCACGGAUCCCGGCGACCUCAACUUUGCUCAGAGACUAUUGAUGGCAAAUGAGAACGCGGUAACAAACAUUGCUGAUCUUUGGGUGGCAGCGGCAAUGAAUGUGGAUAACGACGAAACAUUUGAACCUGAGCAAGACCUAGAUAUGAACGUCGAUUCUGAGUACAUUGAACAUGAAGGCCUUCCAAGUUCCAUCACAUCAUCUCCUGUGCAUCGAGGGCGUUCCAUUGGCCGUAACCUCGCAAGUGCGAUCGGCAGUCCCGGCCAGCGCUCAUCUGUGAUAACAUUUGGGCAAUCUUCACGCAUGCACUCAGCAACGAUGGGUUCUCCCGCACUGGAUGGGGUACCGUUCGCACUGCGUUCCCCUUCGAUCUUCUCGCACCCUGGAGUGCGCACGCCCUCCAUCGUCCUCGAUGCCCAGGCCCGUGUCCAAGAGUCCGCUGGUGACAAUUCACUACUACCAAUUAUGGAACACGGGCAAUCUGCCGCAGAGUCGGAGGUUCCCCCAGGGAAGCCUCCAUCGUUGACCUCGCAGCUGCCUCUGGUCAUCAUCUUCCAGUACGGUUUGCUAGCGCUUCACAGCACGACACACGAUCAAGUGUUCUUAUCAUAUCUUGUUACCGACUACGAGUCGGGGGGCUUGAACCUCAAUCCUGGGCAUUUCUCUCAGCUGAAAACAUUGGGCAAGUCUUUUCUGGCUCUUUUGCAGAUCGUCCCUCUGAUAGCACUUACUCAUAGACCCCCUCGAGGGCGUUUCUCCCACCUCGCAAUGUUUCGUCUCGGGUCCCUGCUAUUUAUACCGGCAUACCUUACUGUCACUAUGUAUCGGGGUUUCGCAAGUUCUAAUGACGAAGGAAGUUUUGUUCUUAUGGCAGCGCUGGCUCUGAGCACAGCUGUACGUUAUUGCGGAAAUACGUUUGGUUACACCGCCAUAUCCAUCCUCCUUAAUUAUAUGACACCCCCACAUGCGGUUGGUUUUGCGAACGGUGUCGCGCAAAGUAUAGUCAGUCUUGCACGUUGUUUUGGACCUGUUCUUGGCGGAUACCUUUGGGCUACUGGCAUCAGAGACGAUCCGUCAGGAUAUCCUCUUGGAUUUGUGGCAUGUUCUGUCGUAUCAAUCACUUUAAUGGACGACACGGUUACACUUUCGCAAUAA